GGACACCAUAACUUCAGCUGACCCUAGCAUUUUCAUUCAUAUUUGUUUCAUUAGCUUAGAUUUGUCCUUAUCCACAAUGUCUAUUGCCCAUUGUGUUUGUAAUUUGCCACGUGGUGAUUGCCUGGAAAUUUUCUUGUCCCGACACCUAUAAAACCUCCCUCUAUCCCUCGCUCCGCCUUCAUUCAAAUUUUGUUCUUUUUUUUCCCCCUUCAAGGCUUGAAAAGUCUAUGGGAAUUCGUUCUAUCUGAUCAUUCAUUGCUCAUCUUCACCAUGUCAUCAUUCGGGGGUAUAUACCCAUCUCCUCCAGGUAGCGACGAGUAUAAAUUACCCAAUGGUGAACCUUAUCAUUGGGAGCCAUUUCGAGCCGGUGCCCCGGGACCCUUGCCUUGGCUACCUGUCUUGAAUUUUCCAGUCGAGCGGGGUGAGCCUAUCGUCGAAGAAUUUGAGAAAGUCCGUCCGAUAAUUCAUCGCCAUUUGCAAGAACACCGGAUUGAAUGGUCCGAUAUCACAGUCUUACACAGAAGACCUGAUGACGACAUCAAUUAUCGAACCAAGUUCGGCAGCGAUCUAACUCUCCUUGUCACAGCCAAAUUUCGCUUUGAUAAUACCUGGAGAGAUGCUAUCAACGACAUUCGGGAAACUUUGAGGAGGAACUAUGUAGCGGAACUGAAAGUCGAAUUUUUAGAUGGGAAAGCUCUGAAGCCACAGCCUAUAUUCCCGAUUGACGCAUCCGAUCCAAUUGUUCCAGCGUGGGAACAAAUCCGACCUGAGAUCCAUGGUGCCCUCGUCAAAUGCCCAUGGACUUGCAUUGACGUAGUGAGGAAAGGAAAGGAGACCGCAGCAGGAUUUCAGAGUCCCAUCACCAUCAUCGUGACAGUCCCUGUCGACAAUUAUAACCUCUAUCUUGAUGAACAUGAGAAAUUGAAAGCUGUUUGUACAAAUCACGGCUUUCCUGAGGUUGAUGUUCAGAUUCGACAUUCUCCCGGUCCUUUGUGGGCUGACACUGCAAUCUCUACCACAGCGUCCCCUACUGCAGCGACGGCCAAGCCGGAAUUAACUGCCCAAGGUCUACCAGAUGGGUCUUACAAUAAACUGGUGAAAAUGGGGGUGUCCAUGGGACCGUCUGGAUCUUUUGAAUAUCCUAACGGCACGUUUGGAGGAUACCUUGAAUUGCUAGAUCCAAACAGUGGAAUCUCUCGCGGCAUCUACGGUCUAACAUGUUAUCAUGUCAUAGAACCCGCGAUACCAGCAGAAAGACAAGAAUUCUAUCGAAAAAAAGGGAUAAUGCCCAAAGACACAAUCACUCAAAAUUUGACCAUGACUCAACCCGGCCACAAAGACCAUCUCAGAAAUGUCUUGGAUCUGGAAAGAAGGCUAGUCGCUUCUAAUCAUCCAAAAGUGAGAAGUGAAAGAGAAUCCGUUGAGGCCGCCUGGCACAAUCACGGCAAAUUGGGGACUGUCCUCUGUGGUUCAGGGCUCCGGCGGCUGAUCCGCGAUCAUCGGCUUGACUGGGCCCUCAUUAAAGUGUACCGAGAGCGAAUUGGAGAUAACUUGCUCCCUGACAGUCGUGAAGAUUGGCCAGGCGGUUCUAUGGGUGAUAGAAUUAUCCAUGAAGAGAUACGGGAAUCUCUCGCAGGAAAGCAUUUGGAUGCCAUUGGGAAGCUCCUGAAUGAAGAUGUCGUAUACAAAAAGGGAAAGUCCACAGGUUGUCGAAUUGGCCGAUUUAGUCAUAUCAAAUCUGAUGUUAGGGUCGAUGACGAGGACUUUAUCUCUACAGAAUAUGUCUUUAUCGGUACGGAAAAGGACAAGUCAUUCUCACAAGGAGGCGAUUCAGGCUCAAUGGUAUUCAGCUUAUCUGGUGCUUGGCUGGGCAUUGUAUGGGGAGGAAAUCCUUUCGCAGGUUUGACCGGUAACUCCUACGUCACCGAUUCUCAACGCUUGGUUGAGGACAUUGAGCGUUCUACAGGGUGCCGUGUUAGAAUGCCCCUGCAACGUUCCAUCGAUGAUCCAUCCACUGCAUAAAUGCAGUAUAAUUUGCAUUAUUUUCAUACAGAGUUACCAUUAUCGAAUUAUAUUUUGUCAUUGCAUCCCCAGCUCUUUCCACACGAGGCCA